CAGCGCGGGGGGCUCGAUCCCCGGGCGGCGCUCUGCUGAGAGAUGCCCCCUCCGUGUGUGGGGCGGCUCCGGGUCCCGGGGGAGGCGGCCACCGGGCGGUGGGGACAGAGCACACUGGUGGGGUGUGCCGGGGGCCUGCUCUCGCCGUGCCCUCACUGCUUCCCUAGGAAAUGCCCCAGGGUGGGGGAGACCCCCGUCCUCGCCGUCCUGGGGGCAGCAGGUCAGCGGGGGGCUGCGGCGUGUGUGUGAAGGUCUGGGGGCCCCCGCCAGCUCCAGCUCACCGUCCCGGCACUAACUGGCGCUGACAGCACGUCGGGGAGCCUGCGGAGCGCAUGGUGACCUCACCGUGGGGAGGACACAGGACACGGCACCCGGGGGGACACACACACCUGUGCCCUCCGGCCCUGCAGGUGCCCGCGGGGUCCCAGCCCAGUCAGCGCUCCGGGCGGUGGUGCAGGCUGAGCUGUCCAUGGCUGAGCCUGGGGGAGCUGCAGGGGCUCAGGCCCGGGCCGGAGCGGAUGCUCCCCCCGGUCCCCGCAGCUCUGCUUCGUCCCUGAUCCUUGGUGUGUCCCAAGGAGGGACAGGAACUCGCUGCUUCCUGCCCUGCACAAUUCCCUCCCCACCCCGCUCCUCCCGGGACAUUGUAUUUGGAGCCCUGGCUGGCUCCCUCCCUCCGCCCCUGCAGCCCCUUGGAUCCGGGAAUUGCUCUUCUUCCAGCGGAAAUCCUGCUUUCCCAGCCAGCGAUGGGGCUGGGAGCCGUGGGGAGGGGGGCUCCCUCUCCACUGAGCAUCUUGUGCCAGGGAGGGGGCAGGGACCCCUCUGCCCUGGGUCUGGGGGCUGGCAGGUGGGCUUGCAGAGAAGAUCGCUUUCGGGGGUUGGCAAGUCCUUCAUUUUUCAUCCCAGGGAGUAGCCCUGCUCGUGGGCAUGCAGGGAUGGGGGGCCGUUCCUCCUGGCACCCCGUGUUCUGGAGGAACCUGCUCCCACUGGGAGCCACAGGGGACUCACCAGGCACUGGGUGAACUGGGAGGACUCCAGCUGAACUGGGAGCAGGGCUCCAUCUCCAGCUAUCAUCAGGGUGGCCUUGGGGCUGGGGGCAGUGGGGAAGGGGCAGGGACACGCCACCACCUCCCACACGGGUGGAACAAGGAGCAGACGGGGCAGGCAGAUGUGGCCUCCUGUCCCCUCCCCGGGUCUGUGGGGCCUGGGUGUGGGACUGUGACACAGCUCCAGGUCCUGCGUCCUAGCGAGCCACCUUCCCCAGCUGCCUCAUGCCCGAGUUUUCCUGCUGGGACCAGGGAGCUCCAGAGCCACAGGGUGACAGAGGAACCUCGGUGGCAGCAGGCUGGGCUGUGCAGCCCUCUCGGUUCCUCUUCCCAGGGAGCAGGAGCCGGGUCACCACGGAGCAGUGCAGGAUGACAGUGUGGGACAAGGCAGGGAGGGGUCCAGGACACCAGGGGGCUGCAGCCCUGCUGUCAUCCCCGCCUGACCCUCCCAGCUGUCACCAUCCCCAGGGCACGAGGUCCUGCCUGUGGUCCCCUUGAUGGCCACAGCACCAUCCUCUUCCUCCCCCCGCCCCACACCGUGCUCCUGCUGCUUCCUCUUCCCGCUGCCUAGCUGCUCUGUGAGUUCCUCCGGCAGCCGCCUCCUGCCCAGGGCGCCGUGGCCCCUCAGCCCGGCAAAUGCCACCGUGGCUUGUCCCCACGGCACGGGGAGUGACAUUCCCAGCACCUCCACGUGGCUGCAUCCCCCAGAGCCCGGCUUCUCCGCUGCUGUUAUCCCACGAGGGGAGCGAAUGCAGGGGAUGGAGGUGACCCCAGGGGCACCUCAGCACUGUAGGUGACAUCUGGGGUGGCACCUGGGUGUGCGGGGGAUAUUGUGCCCUGUCUAGCAGCUGGGGAUGGGGCUGAGCUGCCCCGUGUCCCAGGGGCCGGGGGAACAGAUGGACGGGCAGUCAGGGCUGUGGCUGCUCCGUGCCCAGCCGCGCCCGGCGGGACAGGGCCGAUGGGUUGGCCGGGGCUCAGCGCGGGCGGGACCUGGCAGCUCGGCCGGGACUGGUGCCGGGGGAGCCAGGGCGGGAAGGGUUCAGUUGCCAUCUGUUCCCCGGCUCCCAGCAGCUCCUUUUUGGGAGAGCCAGACAGCACCGUGCGGCCAUCGGACACGACCCCAGCUGCGUCCCCUUCCCGCGGGCUCUGGGCCACCCGGGCGACUCUUCUCCUCCCUGGAGUGGCAUGGAGCUGCUGGAGUGACCUGAGGAGCCGUCGCAGCGCUGCCCAGGAUGGGCUGUGUGCCCUGCAAAGAGAGGGGGGCUGGCAAAGGGCAGGCAGGGGGCGAGGGGGGCUCCCUGCAGCCCCCUGCCUCCCAGUACGACCCCGACCCCACGCAGCCAGGGGCCAUCUUCACCCGCAUCCCCGACUUCAACAACUUCCAGGGGCCGGCGGCGCCCUUGGCCCCGUCCUUUGCGGAGCCGGGGGGCUUCACCCCCAGCGUGCUGCCAACGCGGAGCGGGGGCAUCUCAGGCGGGGGCGUGACGCUCUUCAUCGCCCUGUACGACUAUGAGGCCAGGACGGAGGAUGACUUGACUUUCCAGAAAGGGGAGAAAUUCCACAUCAUCAACAACACGGAGGGGGACUGGUGGGAGGCCAGGUCGCUGAGCUCGGGAGCCACGGGCUACAUCCCCAGCAACUACGUGGCCCCUGUGGACUCCAUCCAGGCAGAGGAGUGGUACUUUGGGAAGAUCGGGCGCAAGGACGCGGAGCGGCAGCUCCUGUGCCACGGCAACUCCAGAGGCACCUUCCUCAUUCGGGAGAGCGAGACCACCAAAGGUGCCUACUCCCUCUCCAUCCGGGACUGGGAUGAGGCCAAGGGAGACCACGUGAAGCACUAUAAGAUUCGGAAGCUGGACAGCGGCGGGUACUACAUCACCACCCGCGCCCAGUUCAGCACCGUCCAGCAGCUGGUCCAGCACUAUAUAGAGCGGGCGGCCGGGCUGUGCUGCCGCCUGGCUGUGCCAUGCCACAAGGGAACCCCCAAACUGGCCGACCUCUCAGUCAAAACCAAAGACGUGUGGGAGAUCCCCCGCGAGUCCCUCCAGCUCCUCAAGAAGCUGGGAAAUGGGCAGUUCGGGGAAGUCUGGAUGGGGACGUGGAAUGGCACCACCAAGGUGGCAGUGAAGACGCUGAAGCCAGGCACCAUGUCCCCUGAGGCCUUCCUGGAGGAGGCUCAGAUCAUGAAGCGGCUGCGGCACGACAAGCUGGUGCAGCUCUACGCCGUGGUGUCGGAGGAGCCCAUCUACAUCGUCACCGAGUUCAUGAGCCAGGGCAGCUUGCUGGAUUUCCUGAAGGAUGGGGACGGCCGCUACCUGAAGCUGCCCCAGCUGGUGGACAUGGCUGCCCAGAUCGCGGCGGGCAUGGCGUACAUCGAGCGCAUGAACUACAUCCACCGGGACCUCCGCGCCGCCAACAUCCUGGUGGGAGACAACCUCGUGUGCAAGAUCGCCGACUUCGGCCUCGCCCGCCUCAUCGAGGAUGACGAGUACACGGCGCGGCAGGGUGCCAAGUUCCCCAUCAAGUGGACGGCUCCGGAGGCUGCACUUUUUGGGAGGUUCACCAUCAAGUCAGACGUCUGGUCCUUUGGCAUCCUCCUGACAGAGCUGGUGACCAAAGGCCGCGUGCCCUAUCCAGGGAUGAACAACCGAGAGGUGCUGGAGCAGGUGGAGCGGGGGUACCGCAUGCAGUGCCCGGGCAGCUGCCCCCCCUCCCUGCACGAGGUGAUGGUGCAGUGCUGGAAGAGGGAACCCGAGGAGCGCCCCACCUUCGAGUACCUCCAGUCCUUCCUCGAGGACUAUUUCACUGCCACCGAGCCCCAGUACCAGCCCGGGGACAACCAGUGACCCGGUGCUGGCCCUCCCAGGAAGCCCUGGGGUGGCUUUGGGGUGAAUCUCUUCUUUUCUUUAGAGUUCGUCGCUUCCUUUGUCUGUGCCCCCCCAAAAUGCCUUUUGCGGGGUGCUCAGGGUGGACACAGGGCUUUGCACAAGGAUGCUGGACUCAGAGAAGACAAAACUCUGUGCCCCAGCCCCCCUUCCCCCACUCCCUGCAUUGCCUUCACACCCAGCUUUGAACCUGAGAAGGGCUUUGGCUGCAGGGGGGACUGCGGGGAGCCCCCGUGAACCCCCAGACCCCCCCAGAGCCACAGAGUAGCAGAGGGCUUGGGGGAGCUCCCCAUGCCAGCCCCAAUCUCUUCCAGGAGCACAGCUGGGUGGGGCUCAGCCCCCCUCAGUCCUGGCACCGACCUGCAGGAGGUCAUCUCAACCCUCCCUCCCCUGGUAUCUCCUUUAAUUUAUGAGGUUUUAUACGCCCCCCCAAGCAGCCAGCGACCCCACCAAGGGAUCCCAGCGCUGGGGGACCCCCUGUCCCCCGCCUUAUCUCCUGUGCUUUGGUAGAGCCAAGUGCUGAAAGCCAGCACCCACCUCUGCUUGCACUGGGGGCCGGGGGGGCACAAGGAGUCCCGGGGGGGCCCAGGCGGGCUGGGGGCAGCUCUGCCCCAGGGGCUGUUCCCUCCUGCCCCGCGGGGGCAGGACGAGGGUACGGGGCGGGGGCAGCCCCGCAGCACUCGGGCAGCCCGUGGCUGCGGCUUGGCUCUGCCCUCUGCAGCAGGAACUGAGGGGGGCCUGGGGGGCCGUGUGCCAGUGUGAAUGCAGGGUGCCACC